GCAAGAAGGUUAGGAGCGAACAUGCCUGUAGACCAAGAGAAGCUCGCGAAGCUCAUGGCGUCGGUGCGAACUGGAGGGAAGGGAUCAGUCCGUCGUAAGAAGAAGGCCGUCCAUAAGACUGCAACAACAGAUGACAAGCGACUUCAGAACACUCUGAAACGAUUGGGAGUGAACAACAUCCCUGGGAUCGAGGAGGUUAAUCUGUUCAGAGACAACGGCACCGUCAUCCAUUUCAAGAACCCCAAGCAAGUACAGGCGUCGAUAGGAGCCAACACCUACGUCAUCAGCGGGACAGCUGAGAACAAGAAGCUGCAGGACCUCCUGCCCGGCAUCAUCAACCAGCUCGGGCCCGACAACCUCGAGAACCUCAAGAUGAUCGCCGAGCAGUUCUCGGGCAAGGCAGGAGAAGCCGCUGCUGGAGGGGAUGACGAUGUGCCCGAGAUCGUCGAGGACUUUGAGCAGGCGUCCAAGGAGUGAAGGAGUGAAGGCGUGAACAAGUUCUUGUUCUUCUCGGGGCCGGGAGGAGGACAACAAUCAUGUGCAGUUUCUCUUUAAACGUCUGAGAGCAUCGGAGGCUCUCGCAGCUUCUUGCUCCCCCUUGGCUUUCGCUUGCUUCUGUUGCCUUGCGUGUAUCUUGUGAUUGAACGGUUGAUGGGUUGACCCCUCCCCUCCCUCCUCCCCCCCCUAGCCUGGACCACUACCAGCUCGCCCCCAGCUGACCCUUAGUCUCUCUGUGGACGCAAAAGUGGGUCGGACAGCGACGGGCCUUGGCAUGAACUCCUCCUGUACCUCGCCCAGCUGCCUUCCAGCGACGGCCGUCAGCCGCUCCAUGUCACCCUCCAGCCAUGACAGGCUGCAAGCUGCUGGACCAGAGCUGGGCAGAAGGAGGUGGGGGGGCCGCAAACUGAUCCCUGCCGAGGAGAGGGGAAGGGCUGCAAGACUCGCCAGCUCCUCAGGACCGAGACUUGCGAUGUCGCGAGGCGAAAUGUCGGGGGACGUCAACAUUUCGGUGCUCAUGUGCCGCCUGACCUGCUGAGGAGGAGGAUGCAGAGUAGCUGAGAGAGAAGGAGGGAGCAAGAGUAGCGGGACCUGAGGAGGAAGAGAAGGAGAAGAGACUGCUUGGCUCUCCUCUUGAAACGCACGAUCGGCAGCAGGCAAGACGUUCAUGUCCGACGUCGAGGUGACCUGGUGGUUAUCGUGCUUGAUAGAAUGUUGCUUGCGCUCCUCCUCAACCCUCAGCUCCCUCGCGUGUCGCUUGAGGUGAUUGCGACAUCCGGUGUCAAAGCCAUCUUUCCUCACCCAAUGCAAAUCGUUGCGACAUCCCAGUUUGUCUCGUCCGCAGUUGCAACACAGUGCGCACCAAACCCACUGAUGGCGAUUUGAGCAGCUGAUAGUCAGAUACCCCCGUUUAUGUCUCUUGACGUGCAAGGGCGCCUUUGGAGAGCAAGUCCUCUCUCACUUGUUGAAAGGCGUCUUC